CGAAAAAGCCCCUAGACGGCCCUGAGAGAGGUUUUCUGAAUAAGCAGCAUUCACAAGUCAGCGAAAUGAAGGUUGGGAAGGUUGGUUCUGUCGGCGUGUGUCAUCUCCUGACUGUCUUCCUGCUGGGGUGGCUGUUGCUGGCUGACCCGAGCGUCGGGGACGGCUCCUUCGGGGGGAAUCGGAAGAACGCCAAGAACAUGGACCACCUCUCGAGCGCUGAAGCCACCACCCUCUUCCUCAAGGCAUGCACACACGAACAGCACACCUUCUCACGCUCCCCGUUUGAUGUCUGUGCGUCGUCUGCUCGGGCGUGUGUCUGUGGUCAGGAGGGCGAGAAGCCCAGAGACAAUGGUGAGCGUCCUAACUUGGUUCGAGAACACCUGUAGAGACAUGACGUCUGUGGUGUCAUGUCUCCCUUCAGAUGACCCGGUGGGUGGCGGCCUUCUGACUCAACAUCUGGAGGCUGAUGUGGUGGUCGCCGGGGGAGGCAGCGCGGGGACGAGCGCAGCACUGGCGUCAGCGAGGAGCGGCGCCAAGACCAUACUCAUACAGGGAAGGUGCGUAUGGACAGAGACACGCGCAGAGAAACAUGCACAAUCAUGGCGACAUAUCUUCUGUGUGUGCGCGUGGUUGGUGUGUAGAGGUGUGUUGGGUGGCAAUGCGUCCUCGGAGUCGAAGCUUCACAUGGUGGGAGCCGACCGGCACGGCGACCGCGGCAUCUACCGCAAGACGGAGACACGCGAGGGCGGCAUCGUCGAGGAGUACACACUGAAGAAUGCCGUCGACAAUGGCCAGCGUUCCCACUCGAUCUUCGACCUCAUUCUGUACGACAUGUUCCGCACCGAGCCCAACGUGCAGCUCAUCCUCAACGCCUGGGUGGUCGCCGCCAACAAGACACCCGCCAAGGGAGACACACCCGGCACCGUCACCGAGAUCAUUGCCGAGAACCAGGAGAGCCAGGUGGGUGCGAACCAACAUCCAAUCACAACUGUCUGUCUAGUGCCUCAUCUGUGGGCGUCUCCGGCUUUAACAGCUUCGGUACGUGAUCAAAGGCAAGGUCUUCAUUGACGCGACGGGCGACGGGCGGCUCGGCGCGGAGGCGGGGGUCCCCUACAUCAUCGGCCGUGAGUCGCAGAAGGAGUACAACGAGACGUUGGCUGAGCCCGAGCAGGACGCCGAGACCAUGGGCAGCAGCCUGGCGUUUGUCGCCAGGAACCACUCACAGCCGAUGAAGUUCGAGCCGCCCUCGUGGGCCAUCCGCUACUCCGAGGAGGACUUCCGAUACAGACCCAUCAAGAGCGGCGACCUCAUGGUUUGUAUAAGGCGGCAUCGCAUCGCGUGUACGUGUAUUGAUUGCAUUGCCUUUGUGGCCUGCGCAGUACGGUUACUGGUGGAUCGAGGUCGCAUGGCCCUUCCACACCAUCAGACAGAACGAGGAGAUCCGAGACACACUCAUGGAAGUCGUCCUAGGUAGGUCUCCUGCCUGCCACACAUCACAUAGAUAAGGGGCGGGGCACUCACGUGUGUGUCUGAAUGGAAUGGACCCCCUCGCUCACUAAUUCAGGCACAUGGGAUUACAUCAAGAACAGCGGCAACUUCCCCGAGGCCGAGAACCUCGCACUCGAGUGGCUCGAGUGGUGGCCCUGCAAGCGAGAAGGUGAGUCAACGGGAAGAGACACAACACCAGGAGACACGUACGCACGCCGAGUGGCCUUCCUGCACAGGCCGCCGCUUCCGUGGUCAAUACAUCAUGACGCAGAACGACCUGCUGCCUGGUACACACACAGCCGAGAGACACCAAGACACACACAAUGGUUGAUCGUAUGUGCGUGUCCGUCUGUGCCAUCAGACCCCUUUGUUGAGGAGGAGAACGCCCACGCGCCGACCUUUUUCUGGGACCGUGUCAGCCACGCCGGAUGGAACCUCGACCUGCACGCCGUCAAGGGCGUGCUGGACACGGCCGUUCCCGCAUACGCCUCAUACUACAUCCCCUACGUAUACAGGCAAGUCAGCACACGCACACAAAGCCGCUGAGGUGCUCUCCAUUUCCCUCGAUAUUUCUUGGCUCUGCAGCACCCCUCUCCGUUCGCUCGUGGCCCUGAACACCACCAAUGUGAUGCUGGCCGGCCGUCUGGCAUCGUUUUCCCACGUGGUGUUUGGCAGCCAGCGGGUCAUGAAGACCUGCGCGGCCAUGGGCCAGGCGACAGGCACGGCCGCGGCCUACUGCGCCCUCCAUGACAUCGAGCCGUGGGAAAUUGCCAACCAUCCUGGUAGAACGAUGGACGAGUAGAGGGGCUGGCUCGACAUUGUGUGGGCAUGAGCAUCGUGUUCGUAUGCCUUGGUGUUGUCAGACGCUGUGUGGAGCAUUCAGCAGCAGCUUCUGCGUGACGACCAGUACAUCAUCGGCAUGUACAACCAAGACCCAAGGGUGCGGUGCGAUGACAACACACAUCACAUGACAUAUGGGCGUGGUGUGCAUGAGUGCCGCUGUGUGUCUGCUUGUUCCUUGUCAGGACUAUGCGCGUGCUGCUCGCAUCACAGCUUCAUCAGAGCACAGCAACGCCACAGCCAAAGAGGUAUACGCGAUGCACCACCGUUCUGAUCACCACUCUCAUCGCAUUCGUGUAUUGGUGUCUCUGCGUGCAGGUGAUAUCUGGCCAGACCCGUGCAGUUGACGGCCGCAGCGGUGCGGCCCCCGAGCAGCGCAUCGACGGCACCAACCGGUGGAUAUCAGAGACGGUGCCCGCCUGGCUCAAAUUCGAGUGGGAACACCCCAUCCAAGACCUCGCACUCGUAACCACUACUAUAUCAAAACACCCACAUCCCUGGCCGUCCCUCCAUGUCCCUCCUUGCCUCCGUCUGCAGGUUGAGCUAGUGUUUGACACGGGCAUGCACCGCGAGCUGACCCUCACACUCAAGCGCUCCAUGUGGAACCGCAUCGUGUGGGGCCGCCCGCAGCCAGAGACCGUCAAGGACUACGACAUCCAGGUGCAGCUGGCAGGCGACGGCAAAGACAUGUGGUGCAGCGUGGCCUACAUCCGGGGCAACUACCUGCGCAAGCGGGUGCACGACAUCAGCCACGCCGUGGCCAAGCUCGACAACAAGGGCGAGGGCGUCAAGGCCAUCCGUGUGUUCAUCAAGGCCACCAACGGGGUGGGGGAGGCCCAGGUGUUUGAGGUGCGGGUGUACGACAAGUACGGCGUGGACAAGUUCCCCAAGAAGCCCAACGGCGACACCCAACACGGCGACAAGCCCAAAGGAGCCAAGCGCCGCAGCCUCAAGGGCUCAUCUUCUUCUGACAUAUUUGUGUGAGAAAAUGCAGUAAGGGAGAGGGAGUAGGGAGGGAGACACUGACGGGUGUAUUCUUAGCGCCUGGUUUUCUGCUGGGCACUCUGUGCUGUAUAUAUAGAUAGGAAGCGUCCCCCCCCCCUUCCCUCUCUCCUCCUUUUCCCCAGAGUUCGUUUGUUCAAGAAAGUGUGCGUUUGCAUGGGGUAAGGGCAAAUUUUUCUGGGUGGCCGUGCCCGCGUCCACCCGCAACAAUGACCAUGACCUGUUCUGCCUGCCUCUCUCUCUCUUUCUCUCUGCAUGUCUCUUUGUUGUAUUGCUCAUGUUUUCACCUUAUACAACUUUCUCGUACCACUUUCUUCUGUACGCAUAGCUACCUACCUACCUUCCAACAUAUACCGUCCACUACAUUACAUUACAUAGCAUUUCAUCGCAUUUCAUUAUUCCAUUUCGUGAAGCACACUGCCAUUUCAUCGCUUGAACACGAAGCACGUGUACACAUGUGCACUGCCCUGUCAAUGUGGUUCUCUCGCCGCCCUGCAUGUCCAUGCGGGGUGGCGGCGCGGCCGGCAGGGGGACCUGCCUGUCUGCGUCAGUAGUGUUUGUGGCAUGUCGAUGUAUGAGUGGCCACGCGCACCGGUGGAUAGCUCGACAACGAGAUUUUCUUGAAGGGUCAGUCAGUGGGAGGGAGGGAAGGGUCUAGUGGACUGUCAAGGCUGGGGAACUUUCUUUCACGGUCAUCAAUGAAGGGACAAAUCUCACAGGACUUCAAAGCGACUCAAGUAAAC